GCUAUGUCUAAUGAUCAGUGAUUGUAUCAUAGAUGCAGUAUAUAUGUAAUAUGUACAUAUAAGAAUAUGAAUAAAAACUAAAGAUCAGACGAAACGUAAUUUUUAUAUUCACAGAACUUGUAUCUGAAGACAAGACUUUAUAAAGUUUCGAAGCUAUCAAAAUCUGGAAUGCUUAUCUUUUUCCUUCUUUUCUGAGUACCUAUUCUGUCAGAAAUUAAUAUUUUAAUAAAUUUUGUCUAGAAAGCUACAUUAUUUAUUUGUAGAAUUGUAUCAAUUAAGUUUCAGAUCAUAAAAAUAGUAUAAAAUUCCAGCUUUUAAAAGCUCGAAACUUGAAUUUCGAAGUAUUUCCAAGUUUUGUGACUUCUAGUGUCACAAGAUCUCAACUUUAAUAAUAAAAUGUGUAUCGUAUUUAAUUUGGUACUAGACGGCUGUUACGAUUAAUUCAAAACAAGUAUUUGAUAUUUGAUUUUGAUUUUAUAACUACAGUGGUGCUAAAUUGAUGAAAAAUGUACAAGAGACUGAAGAGCGUUAACACGCUUCGAAGAAAUACUUUCAAAUGCAUAACUACGAAAGAGUACAGUCAAAAGGUUUCCAAAAGUGACUAUCCAAAGAGAAUAUUUUCGGCAAUUCAACCAACUGGAAACUUGCAUGUAGGAAAUUAUCUUGGAGCUAUACAAAAAUGGGUACAAUUACAAGAUAGCGGAGAAAAUGUUAUUUGGAGCAUUGUAGAUAUGCACUCUAUUACUUUACCACAUGAUCCGAGAAAAUUAAAUGAUGACAUACUUAAAAUGACGGCAACAUUACUAGCAUGUGGUAUUGAUCCAAAUAAGAGCAUAUUAUUUCAACAAUCUACUGUGGAUACACACGCACAACUGUCCUGGAUUUUGGGGUGUCUAACAACUUUAGCAAGACUAGCUCGCUUACCUCAAUUCAAAGAGAAAAGUCAGACAUUAAAAGAUGUCCCACUAAGUUUAUAUAUUUAUCCUGUUCUACAAAGUGCUGAUAUAUUGCUGUAUAAAGCAACACAUGUUCCAGUUGGACAAGAUCAAGUUCAACACAUUCAAUUAGCACAAGAGUUAGCCAUUAAAUUCAAUAAAAGAUUUGGAAAUACUUUUCCAGUGCCUCAUUGUUUAGUUAAUGAAAAUGCAAGUCAACGUAUAAAAUCUCUUCGUGAUCCUUCAAAGAAAAUGUCAAAGUCUGACCAAGAUCCAAAGGGCAGAUUAGAUAUACUAGAUAAGCCAGAAGUAUUGGCAACAAAAAUAAAGAAGGCAGUUACCGAUUGUACAUCGAAGGUAACUUAUGAACCAAAAACACGGCCUGGUGUUGCAAAUUUAGUUACUAUCCAUUCCAUGCUUAGUGGAAAAUCACCAAAUCAAAUAUGUUCUGAAGUAGAAGAAUUAGAUACUGGAAAAUAUAAAUUAGUGGUAGCGGAUUUAGUUAUAGAAAAAUUGACUCCUAUUCGUGAACAAUUUUCAAGAUUAAUUAAGGAACCAGUUUAUUUGCAAGAAAUUUUGAGAAGCGGUACAGAAAGGGCAACAGAUAUAGCUAGUGAUUGUUGGUGUGAAGUUCAAAAUAAAAUCGGCUUCAAAAAUGACAUUCUUCGUGAAAAUAAAUCAGUACAAAAUAUAAUACGCAAUAAAUAAUAUAGGCUGAAUAUUUAUUUAAAAAUAAGAUGUAUACUUAUUUAAUAAUUACUAUUGUAUUGAUGAUA